GUUGCUAUGUGACGCUUGAUGACGUCAGGAAGACGCUUCUUUUGCACUAGCACGUUAGCUUAAGAGUGGAAGGAUGGAUGAUAAUUUUCAGCUUGCGGAUGCUGCAGCCGUGAAAAACGUGAGUAACCACUUCAGAUACGGAUAACACUGGAUGCGAUGCGAUUAGCGAGGAGGUGCAAUAUUUCUUAGUGCUCAGAAAAGUAGACUGAAAGCACACGAAGUAGCGGAGUGCUGCUACUGUUAGCCGCUAAGCUAUUGGGCUAACGUCCAUUAUUUACAGCUGUUAAGUAGGAAGAUGACAUUUUUAACAAACCUGAUACUAGCAAAGCACUGUAUCAUUUACCACUUUCAAGUUAUAGCAGUGUGAGCGUUUGUUACUGAGUAUUAGUCAAUAUCAACUAGGUGUGCUAAGUUUACCCUACUGCUAGCUGAUACUGAUCAACAUAGACCUCUCAAUGGCUUGGUAAGUUGGUUUAUGAAUUGGGCUCUGUUUUUCUUUCCUAACCUGUGCGGAAAUCAAUCAAAUUUUAUUUACAAAACCCAAUUCCAUUGAAGCUGGGAAAUUGUGAUAAUCGUAAAUAAAAACAGAAUACAAUGAUUUGCAAAUCCUUUUCAACCUAUAUUCAAUUGAAUACACUACUAAGACAAGAUAUUAAAUGUUCAAACUCAUGAACUUUAUUUAUUUAUUUAUUUUUGCAAAUAAUUAACUUAAGAAUUUGAUGGCAGCAACACGCGACGAAGAAGUUGGGAAAGGUGGCAAAAAAUACUGAGAAAUUAGGAAUUCUCAUCAAACACCUAUUUGGAACAUCCCACAUGGGCUCAGGAACACUUCAGAAAACCGCUGUCAGUAAAUACAGUUUGUUGCUACAUCUGUAAGUGCAAGUUAAAACUCUACUAUGCAAAGGGAAAGCCAUUAUCAAUAACAUCUAGAAACGCUGCUGGCUUCUCUGGGCCCGAGCUCAUCUAAGAUGGACUGAUGCAAAGUGGAAAAGUGUUCUGUGGUCUGACGAGUCCACAUUUCAAAUUGUUUUUGGAAAUAGUGGACGUCGUAUCCUCCUGGCCAAAGAGGGAACCAUCCAGACUGUUAUUGACGCAAAGUUCAAAAGCCAGCAUCUGUGAUGGUAUGGGGGUGUAUUAGUGCCCAAGGCAUGGGUAACUUACACAUCUGUGAAGGCAACAUUCAUGCUGAAAGGUACAUACAGGUUUUGGAGCAACAUAUGCUGCCAUCCAAGCAACGUCUUUUUCAUGGACGCCCCUGCUUAUUUCAGCAAGACAAUGCCAAGCCACAUUCUGCACGUGUUACAACAGCGUGGCUUCGUAGUAAAAGAGUGAGGGUACUCAACUGGCCUGCCUGCAGUCCAGACCUGUCUCCCAUUGAAAAUGUGUGGCACAUUAUGAAACGUAAAAUACGACAACGGAGACCCUGGACUGUUGAACAAGUGAAGCUGUACAUCAAGCAAGAAUGAGAAAGAAUUCCACCUUCAAAGCUUCAACAAUUAGUCCCCUCAGUUCCCAAACGUUUAUUGAGUGUUGUUAAAAGGAAAGGUGAUGUAACACAGUGGUAAACAUGCCCCUGUCCCAACUACUUUGGCACGUGUUGCAGCCAUGAAAUCCUAAGUUAAUUAUUAUUUGCAAAAAAAUAAAAAAUAAAUAAAGUUUAUGAGUUUCAACAUUAAAUAUAUUGUCUUUGUAGUGUAUUCAAUUGAAUAUAGGUUGAAAAGGAUUUGCAAAUCAUUGUAUUCGGUUUUUUUUAUGUUUAUCACAAUUUCCCAACUUCAGUGGAAUUGGGUUUUGUAGUAGCGUUAAUUUACAAUAGUCGUCAUCCCAAGAUGCUUUCCAAAGAAAAAGAGCAGGUCUAGACCACGCUCAUUGUUUGAUGAAUUGUCAAGACCCAACCUAAAAUGGGAUUUGGCCCAUCUUAUCUCACAUGAGUAACAGUGGCAAGGAAGAACUUCCUUUUAACAGGCAGAAACCUUGAGCAGGACCAGACUCAUGCUAGACAGCUGCCAGGGUGCUGCUGGGCUGGAGAGGAAUGCAGAGAGAUAGGGGAGAGAGGGAGAGAGGGCAGGGGGAGAGAAAGAGAGCAAGAUAGAGGGAAGGAGAGAGAGAAUAGGUAAGGGUAGGUAAUAGGUAAUAGGUAAGAAGGGAGGGAGAGUAAAGAACGAGGGUGAGAGAGAGAGGGACAGGGGACAGCAGCAACAUUAAAACAACAACAUUGAAUCAAUAACAUAUCAACAACAACAUAUCGAAAACAUACAUGCAAGGUUCAUAUCCUGAUACAUUAACCAUAAUGUUAUCAUGGUAUGUCUUUUCAAAGGGCUCAUUUAAUCUGUUUUAGGUCUAACUAUUUGCAAUAGCAACGAUACCAAGACUUAGGAAGAAGUUUAGUAAAGCCAACUACUCAUUGUUAAAGAGAUCACCCCUCUAAUGUUGUUGUUCCAAAUAAAGGUCUAAAUUUGCAGAUGUGCUAAGGAAAAAUGUGGGUUUUCCAUCCCAUCCUAUUGGCUAAGCCCAAACAGUGGUUUGGAGUAUUGCAACUUGGUCUGAAGGCUACAUUUGGUCAGCUCAUCAGAUGGCACUCUAGAAGCUAAGCAAAACCACAAAGUUCCAACUUCAGGCUCCAUGAUAUCAAAAUCUGCAUUCCAUUUUCAAAUUCUGCACAUUUCUUAGGUUAAGUCUGGACGAAGAGCACGCCUUGCAGCAGACCAAUCAUCGUUUGAAGAUUCUCGUCAUGGAAGGAAGUCCUCCUCUUCGGCUACAAUAGGAGAAGUAGGUGAUCGUGUGGCAAUUGACAGAUAACUGCAUGUUAUAGUUUCCCUAUACAAUAUGCUUCACCAAUGUGCAUUUUGAUUUUGUCUCAUACAUGAAUUGCAGGACGAUGAGGAGGUAGGUAGCAUGGAAAAAAAGGCUUUGGUGAUUUUGCAUGGCUUCUUCUGCAGAUGCACCAACAAAUGUCAAGUUUUUUUCUGGUUUAAUCCAGUGUCCAAGCCAAAUAAAGUUCACCAACCCUUACACAACAAUAACACAACCCUGACACACAUGAUGAUAAGUUUCAGUGUUCAAUAAUGAAGAUAAUUUGAGUUUCCAUUCUAUUACUCAUUACAGAGGGUUUUUACAGCAUCGAGAGUCAGUGCUCUUCAUUGUUGUUCUGUGUGUGGAUCGGAUGUGAUUGCAUGGGAUGUUGUAAAACCACGUCAAGCUCUAAAACAGUUUGUUGUUAGAUUUACACCAAACUGGAAAUUUCUUGCAAAAGAAAUUGGCACAAUACUUCACUGAAUUCCUAAAAUAUGAACAAAGAUAAAAAUAUGCCCUCUUCUUGUAUUGCCUGUCAUGACAAGAGACAUAUUAAGUCUUUGGAGAAAUGUUGUCAUGAAGUUUUUUUUUUUUUUACUGAAAAAAAUAUGACUACAUGUUGCUAAAUUCAGAGAAAACACAGGGCACAAAAAAGAAAAAAACUUUGUCAAAACAGAGUUGACCUCUGAAUAGAACAAAUAACCACACGUCACUAUCUUUGGCAUUUAUGGAAUCAGUCACAUGCUCUGGAUUGACAAAAUGUAAACGAUCCAACAUUCCCAAAACCAAAAAAAUGCCAGUAAUUCUUCUGCUUUAGGCUAAUUUUUCCAAAUUAGGCCAACUUCCCCAAUGUAUGAACCAGUAUUCUCGCGCCCUCUCUGACCUGCUGUGCACAUGCAAUGCAUUUUUCCAGAGUGUCGUGCGACUGGGUGGGUUUAUUUGUAGUCUUAGUUUAUCAACCCUGGCCUCUUCAGCCUAAAAUACCCAACUGAUUGGUCACAUUCCUAAAAUCCUUUUAAACAAAGACUCAAUAGCUUUUAUGGGCUCCUAGGAUUCGGUCACCACUAGUUCUUUUACCCCAGAGACCAUCAAGGAAUCCUAAAUUAAAAACCAAGAGGGCUAAGCUAAUUACCUAAACAGCCAUUACUGUUAUACUACUCCUGGGAAGUUCAUAUUUGGUCAAGAAAGUUUGUUUUGUUUCUCAGGGCACUUAUGGUCCUCCCUGGUUUUGUAGAAUGAAAUAACUGUCAGAGGAUAGAUUUAUAACACUCAGAGACACUCAGCUGUAUUAUCUUUUCUCUUGCGUCUGAAAUACCAAACAUGAACCAUCAAAAGAAUUUCUAACCACAUGAAGGAGUUUUUGCUGAAAAUGACUCAGAUGUCAUUAUUUAAAUCCCCUUUUGUUCUUAAUAAAGAGACAGAUACUAAUUAUACAAAGUUGGGGGAGCUAGUUCAGCCUCAGCUCUGUCGAUUAAUGGUAAUAUACCGCAGAGCAGUGUGGCUCCCCCUCCCUCUGCCCUGCUUAAUGGUGACAUUCAGAUUUAUAAAUGGCUUUGCUGAGGGAACCAGCCAUGAAAGAUUAUUUCCUCUUCCAUCAUAAACGAAAGAAAUUCUUCACGAGCACUUUGUCCUCUGCAGACCCAAUUUAGUAAUGAGAAAUGUUGUGCCUUUUUUUUACCCCCCUAAUUCAUUUGUCUAGUGCCCACCCUCGAGUGCUCUGAGGAAUUCAAUUCAUUCAAGUGCUGCUCUCAGGGUCCCGGUCUCAGGAUUGAGAUGCAUACUCAGUUUACUAUUUACAGAAUCAAAGAAUGAGAGGGAGAGGGUAAUAUUUUUUUUCUUUAGGACUAUUUUGAGGUUGAACUUGUAGGCCUUUAGCAGUUCCCACACUCUGCUCCAUACAUUGUCCUGAGGGGAAAUGGAUAUGAUUGAAAAGUAUAAUAAACAGAACAAUAGAGAGGGUAUUUUACAGACACAGUGUUUAUUUUGUAGGUUAGUUUUAGGGUGUCUUGAAUAUUAAAGCACUGGAUCAGAGCUGAACUUAAGUUAUUGUCCCAAUGAUGGCAGGGCAACUUAACUUAAUUAUGACAAGUAAAGUUGUCUUCUUUUUUUCGUUUUGGGAUAUUUAUUUUCUUUUAUUUGGUUAAACAAGGUAAUUUUCUGUCACAUUGAAAACCUAAAGAGAAACACACUUUUAUUUGAGGUUUUUAAGGUCCUGUUUUGUUUUUUUAAGUACUUUUUAUGUACUACUACAGUUACAAAGCAUAUAGUAUUUACCGCUAUGUUAAAUAUGUUUACAUAAACCCUAUACAUUUUAGACUUUUUAUACUAUUGUCCUCACAAAUGUGGUGCAUUUUAUGCUAAACAGCAGAAGAAAAGCUCAGUAACACUUGAGAUACUUACAACCUGAUUUAUCCUCUCAAUUGUGGGGUAAACAUUUAGUGAAGCAUUGACAGUUCUCUCUUCUCCUUUCAGGGCCCUCCUCCUAAACCUGCACGGCGUCAGGGCGGCUGGGCAGAGGACAGCUCUGGAUCUGGUUCUGCCAAGUACGUAUUGUCACUCUUUCGUAACGUCACCCUUUCCCAGGAAAAGGGACUGUGAGCUGUGUUUGCGGGUUAUGUGUUAUUAAUGAACUCUCAUGCUGUUGAAUGAGCUUAUUUAUCAGUGCAUAUUUGGCACUCAGGCUGUGAAUCAACAAGGUUAGAGGGAGCCUGUCCGAGCAGGCAACUCUCCAUUCGUCUUCAUCUGUGAGCAGGGCGGUAAUUGACAUGGUUAAUGCAUCAGCCACAGGAGGGCACUGUUAGUCAGCUAGCCACUUCAUCACAGGGGUUCAAGCCACUUAAUCACCCCUUACCACUGCAGUCUGCUCUUUACACGGGGAGCACAACACAGAGAAUUUAUGUGAUAUUCGGAACAGAUGGAAGGUGUUUGCCAAAGCUUUCCUCUACGAAUAACAAAUCUAAAUCUUAAUAUUGGACAUGUUUGCACCAGUAUAAGAUAGGACCAUGCUGUGGAACCACUUCUCUUGUUUUCUUUUCCACCUGCUACUUCUUUUUCUGAGAGCAUAGGAAAUUCAUUGAAGUGAACAGACCGAGUCAAUUGUGCUUAUUUGCGUAGUUUACUGCACCGCCAGUGCAAGCAGGGAAAACAGCAAACUUUCCCUUUUCACAGAAGGUCAGCGUGUCGCUUCUCCGCUUUUGCAAAACCAGCUUGAUUCCCAGUCUCAAAGCGAUUGAAAUACAGGAGGUGUAAAAGGGGUUUGCACGCGCAUUGAUCCUCUCUGAAACAAAGUAAGUAAUGGUCCCCCCUGGAACCGGCAAGGACUUUUCCCUUCAAUGUCACCCCUCAUGCUCAAUCACUGCCGCCCUCCUCCCACUAAUCCCAGCGCAGAAAUCCCGGGAUUUGUCGAUCUAUCACUUCUAAUUGACACUAAAUGAUCUGUCAGUUUAUUGAUGAACCUUUGAAACCAGGUUGUCACAAUAUAUUUUAUCCCUAACAACUUUUUCCAGACAGUUUUACCAUGUCUAUCGCUUUGCCUUACAUGAGUCUUAAUCAAGGGGCCUGUAAUGUGUCUUAAGUGUCGCCACCCCCGCCCCCAGACAGGACACAGUCCAAGGACAGGCAGGUAGGCUAUCUCAGCUCCUCUCUGCUCCAAAUGGUUGGACUCUGGCACCUCUCAGGCUCUUUGUCCUUACUCAAACAGAAAAGUUUAGACAAAAAAAAAUGGGUAAACAUUUUGUCAGAAAAUUUUGAAGCUGAUUGUGUUUGACCUCAGUCUCUUCUCUCUUCUUGGAAAAGAUCUGUGAAAAAAUUGAAAAUUGAAGUAAGAUGUUAUGUGUGUAAUCAGCUUUUCUAAUAUGCUCAAAAAGUUUUUUUUAUUUUUAGGGCUGAAAUGGCUUCAGUUGAAAUCAGCUUCAUCAGGUCAAUUUCAUCUUUCAGCCUAGACUUAUUAUCAAAUUUUUAUACUUGGCUUCAAAGACUAAAUGGCAAUAUUUCCUUUAAGCAGUUCAACGAAAAAAAGAAGCAACAAGACAGAGCAACUGCCUCAUCACAGCAAAGGUUUUGUCUAAUGUUGAACUAAUAGUUGACAUUAAAGCCAGCAUGCAGGUUAAACUUCUGAUUUAGAAACAUACAUUUUACCGAUGUCUUUUCCUUUUCAGUUGUGUAGUUUAAAAACGCUCACUUGGUCUUCACACCUCUGCAAACAUUAUUCAUCCUUUUUUCCUUCACCGCAUGUGUUUUCGUUCUUGUUUUAAGAAAGACGUGAAAUAAUUUGAACCUCAUUACUCCUCCUUUUUGAAAAGAGUCAUGUUUCUUCCUCUUAAAGAUAAAAAAUUUAUUUAAUUAGAGUAACACUGCAAGUCUGAAGUCUUUAUAUUUGGCUGAAUGAAUUCAAAAUGACAGCGAGAGGUGCAGUUGUAAUCCUGGAUUUCACAUUUUUAAAUCCAGUAGGUGGCACUACUCAACCAUUUUGCACCCUGAAAAAAUAUGAUACCCUUUAAAUACAUUUUUCAGUAUACUAGUUAAAGCAAACUCACAUGAACCCAGCUUUGAUUCCUGUGUUGUAUAAAAUCUAUAUUUAUCUGGAAAAAUGCCCAUCAGGUGAAAAUGUUGCAGUGUUUUUUUCUUUGACGUAAGUUGUGAUGGCUGCCUUUCUUAAAACAGACACAGAGAGACAAAAAUACAUUGCUGAGGUAGAAAGGUGUCAGAACGCAGUAUUUUGGUGUCUGGCAUGCUUCGUUCAAGCUGCGCUGUGUAAAUGAGAAAAGUCUGAAAAUAACUGCGCGGUCCAGCAGGGGAUGAAGCUGAGAAAACAGAGGAGGGUGAACACAACUAUUGAAGACCCCACUGUGUCUGAUGUGGCAGAAUUACUGUCAUGAGAUACUGAAGGGGGGGAAAUACCUCUGCGGCAAGAGCAGAGAAGUGCACUGCUUUUUAUAUAUGUUGUUAUGAUUUAGUUCUGUGUUUUCAUUUAGUUUGUCGAAAUGGAAAAUGUUUUUUUAAAUGCAAUAUUUAACUUUUUUUCUGCUGCUAACAGAUCAUCAAGGAGACCAGCAGCUGAAGACCUAGAAGAGUAAGUUCACUUUCCACAUCAUCUUUAUGCCAUCAGACUAGUGCAGAGGAUAUCUGAUUGAAAUGCCAGUUUUGAACACCUGGACCAAAUAGUUCUGUUAAAAUGUUUGUUCCCUUUUCAGUAAAGUGGAAGAAGCGCUGUGCUUUCAGAUUGUCCUUGGUUGAGGCUAAUCCUUGCCUUCCAAGAACAAUCACUUAACAUGAUUAAAAAACAGCGUGACUGAGUUGUCAUCACUUUUAUUGCUGUUGGGAGCCAAGUUUUCCUGUUAUUCCAUUUUUCCCCCUCACCCUCCCUCAUAUCACUCUGUGAAUAGAAUGGACACCACAAAGAGAGGCAGGUAGAGGACGCGGUUGUCUGUGUUUUGCUCAUCAUCACAGUAGGGGCCGAGUGCCUGAGUGUCUGUAGUGAAACAGAGUCUUUGUGUAAUAAGUUGUUCCCCUGCAGAAAAAUUCCUUAUCUUGAGUUUCUGUCACAGCUGUCUUGUCUUAGUAAUACUUAUUCAGACUGCUGCUCCAGCUGAGGUUGUUUUCCAACCCAGAGGUGAUCUUGUCCAAGGCGUCAACGCUGGACACCCAGACAGCCCAAAAGUGUUUCAUAGCGCUAUCAGAGAAUAAGGUUCAGAGGUCCAGUCAUACUGUUGUAAAAUGUGAGAAUGUUUUAACCUACCAAAGAGGCUAAACAGAAAAACAAACCAAUCAUUAAGGCAAAGCAGCAACCUAGCUCACUCCACAUGAUGACUUCACCGUUGAGCUGAAUAUAAAAAGUGUUAAAAAUCUCAAACUUCCUAUUUCUACAGCCGCCGCCUUCGACCACAAACACCCCAGGGAUCAGAUGAUGAAGGAGGUAAGAGCACCCUGACUAUCCUCCUUUCUGUGUGUCUCCCCACAGGCAAAGAGGAGCCCUCCUGUGGUGCCCCCCAGCGCAUUCAUCCCAAGAAAGUAGAGUAGAUAAGCAGUCAGAUCAUUGUCUCUCACUGAUGCUUUCACCAUGUUUCUACUUGAAUUCUGCGUGGAUUCAUGAGUUAGAACUUUGCAUUUGACCAGGAACACAGUACUAUAAAGCCUGUUUGUGAAAAUGACAACUGAAUAUGCUCAUUAAUGUACACUAGAUCUUUCAUAGAUGAUUUCAUUGGCAGGUUUUAUGUGCUCUCCUCACCACCCAAAGCGUCACAGUCAAACAUGCAUGCACAUACACAUACACACACAUGCACACACACACACACACACAGGGAGUCAGGCAGGUGCUUUUGAAUACAGAUCUAGCGUUAACAGAGUCACCUGAGGGUCCAACUCUGCACACCACAAACAAUGUCAGGGCUGAGGGGGAAAUCUCAGCUGAAUGCUGUCUGGAAUAAUUGUUCGAUUUUGCGGCUGGGAAAUAGGGUCAAACUGCCUCAGUAAAGGUAGAUUAGCAGCAUGAAAAGCUGAGUGGAAAACACAGGAAGAUUUUGACAUAUGAGUGUGUUCAUAAACAAAUCAACUGUUGCAUUAUUGAUUAAAUCCCUUUUAACAUUUGAACGCUUACAAUAUUCGGCUUUAAAAUUGUCUGUCAGCAGGUUCCUUUUAUUCAAAACAGCCGUGGCAAAAAUAGAAAAGAAGAAAAUACUUAAAAAAAAAUUAAAAAAAAAAAACUCAAAAAAAGGCUGUAAUUAGUUGGUCUAUUACAAACGGAAAAAAAAAACAUGGGUUUUAAUGCUUUAUGAAAAGUGUUAAACCUUUUAUUGGUCAUAUUGUAAUGAGAUCUAUUGAUAUACCAGUUGUCCAUUAUUAAAUCCAAUAUUAUUCAACUCUAUUUUUUUAACAGAAGGUUAUAUUUUAGAUCAAAAGCAUUGAAGUCAAAACCUGAAAUGCUUUUCAUCAAAACUGGAAAUAUACAAUUGAAAAAAUAUCGUUUUUAAAGGGCUUCAAACAAAUUGAAAACCUGCUGUUUAAUUGCACGGCUUCAAGUACUAUUCAAUCCAUUCACCUGUAUGAUGAUUUAUGGCGACACACAUAUGUUGCCUGUGUCUGCACUACCUCAAACAGCCAGCUCAGUGAAGAGUCCAGAGGCUUGGUCCCCUUGCGGUUAAUGCCGCCGGAAAGAUUAUUACUCUGUGGAGGGAGACCUCUUAAUACAGAGCCUGAGGCAGGGGCAGUGGAAAUUACAGUGCUGAGGGUUAGUGAGAUAGCCCCUGCGAUCUUGAUUAUGUCCCCUACCCUUAUCCCUUAUGUCCACUGGCUAUAAGCAAAGAGAGGGAAAGAAAGAGAGAGAGAGAGAGGGCUCGCCCAGUCUCCCCUGCUCCCAUCUUCCCAUCAGCUUCCCCCACAGCCUCCUGCUGGUCACUUAAAAUAGCACCGGUAUCACAAACACCCUCAUCUGUUUCAUGUCUUAUUCUAUAGCUGCAGAUGCUUUGAAUAUUAUCCCACAUGCCUUUCAAAUGGAGUCUGUGCAAAGGUAACCAGUACACUGGACCCCCACACAGGUUAUGGAAGUGAUACAGAAAAACCGCCUGUUUCCUAAAGUCACUGACUGGGGUGUGCCUGCCGGGGAGUGUUAUCCCCUUUUGAUAUUUACAUGCUCCAGUGGAAAAGGUGGACGCAGCCAUGUAAUAAGGAUACACGUGGCCUGCUCGCUGCCAGACAAAAGCCACCUUGAUACACACCCAACUGAGCAAGGGAAGUCAGUGUGGUUGAUGUGUGUGGCACUGAGGAGAGACAGCUCCUUCUGUGUUAGACAUAAAAAAAAAAAACACUGACUUGUUUUCAGCUGCUUUGAUGCCCCACUUGACCUCAAGUAAUGGGUUGAAUUUAAAACUCAUUUAAAAAUGUUGUUGUUCCUUUUUUCACUAAAUAAUAGACUUUGCAUAUAGACAACAUUCGCCUCUAAGCUUCACAUUGAACUCACAUGCCGCGUGUUAAUAGUGUAUUACUGGCUGAAAUGAAAAAGGGUGUGCGUGGACAGAUAGACAACCCAGGACGCUGUUUGCAAAGAGCCGGACGGUGAGGCUUUUUGAUGUCAUUGCACUAAGACCAUUAAAUUUGAUUGGGGGUCCAGGGGGGACGGAUUCUGCUGAACGCUGUGCUUUGUAAAUGAGAGGACAAAGUGUCACCGGGGCCUCAUGAAUAUGAAAUACCCGCGCCUGCAUUUAUUUGGAUAUCAGAAACACAGAUGAAUCUUGUCAGCGGCUAAACGAGCGUGGCAUUUUUAAUUUGGUUUAAUUAAAAAAGAGAAAGAAAUAAGUUAUCAACAGAGGGUGAGCUUUUGUUAUCUACUGAAAAGUUGAUGGGUUAGCUUUUGAACAAGUUGUAUUCAGAGUUUUUGAGAAAUGUGUCCAGAAUCAAAACAGUUCACUGUUAUCUGGACAGUGUGUAACUUUAAUGAAGAAUUAAAGUUUAUCACUACAUAAAGGGUCAGAAUUGUCUUAACUGCAGUUUAUUUUAGGGAGCAAAUUUGAAGGAAUGGUGACAUAGAUGCCAAGAUAUUUCCUCCCAUCAGAUGCAGACUUCCAUCUCUUCACCUCUAUUUAGCUCCUCUAUUGACUUUCCCCUCAGGGUGCAGUACUGUGGUUAGAGAUUACUGACACCCCUCUCAAUGCAGUCCAGUUCUCUCUUUUCCUGUCAGUAUGUGUCUGUUCUCUCUUUCUCUCUCUCUUUCUCUCUCUCUCUUUACCUCUGUUUCAUAUACUGACAACACUCAGCUGUGGAGUUAAAAGAGACGCUCACACAUUCAUAGUAUCACAUUUUCUGUAUGGAAAACCAGUAAAUGAAAGUCUUGUCAAACCUUAGAUCUUUUCCUCUUUGAUUGGCGUGCCUUACAUUGCCCUUAUCUUCUUUAACCUUCUGAAAAUAAAUUCAGGUCUUUUUCUUUGAUUUUCUUUCUUUGGUGGGGGGGUUGAUUUAUCUCAAGAAGUCUUUUGACACAUUUUUAACUAUUCCGCUUAUUUUUUAUCAGAUCAUUCUUGUUGGUUGUUGUUGGCCAUUAUACCACUCCUGUUUUCCUGUUCCAACAAAUGUCCAUCUGAAAAAUGCUGUGAAAGUUUGCCCUGUCCUUCUUGGGAGAGGAGCCUUCCUCUGUCCUGUUGCGUUUUGCCAAUUAAAGCGGGUUCCCACUGUUUGAGCAGCGGGUUGGCAGCUCCUGGCACCGCAGCCCCUGCCAGGCCGCACUGUGACUUCCGACCCCACACAGAUGGGCCCGCAAGCAAAUACUCUUGCACAUGGCUGGAUGCCGCCCCUGUCGGAGUGGCAGAGUGGACAUGGAGGUUGGCCUACCGGCCACUGCAGGUCCUGGGGGUGGGCAGCGCUGACAGGGCCCAAAUGCUAAGGUAGCAGGGGGUGCUUUCUGGGGAGCCCCUGGCCAGCGCCCCUUUCACAGCAGGAAGAGCUGCUGCCUUGCCUCGUGAAUAUUCAUGGCCGCAUGGCUAUUGUGACAGGGCAGCUCUUAUGAGGAUGUAGCAAGAGAGAGGGAGGGAGGAAGUGCCACAAAGACAUGGUCUCACAUAUUCACACAAGAAAAUAUGCAUACACAGGGGAUUUACUUUAUUUUUCAUAAACGAUCCUGUCAUUUGGCAACCACUCAGACUCUUCAAAUCCUGCUUUUUUUUUCACAUGAAAUGUAAUUCUUUGUAAAAAUGUAAUUGUCUCAAUUUUCUGUUCUUAUUUUUAGAUAUUCCAGUGAUUCCAGACCUCGAUGAAGUGCAGGAGGAGGAUCUGACCAAGCAAAUUGCAUUUCCACCUAUGUAUAGUAGUAACACUUUUAACUCUUUCUCGCUCUAUCUUAUCACUGUGCAUUUUUACACACACACACACACACACACACACACACACACACACUCUCACACACACACACACACACACACACACACACACACACACACACACACACACACACACACACACACACACACACACACACACACACACACUGCAUGUCCCCAGACCCAUGCAUGACAGUUAACCUCUGUCCGUGCACAGGACACUAGAUCAGUAGCCUGCUCUGGUGACUUUGAUAGGUACCUGUCCUCCACUGGUGCCAUUGCAGAGUGUCUUGCUUUAUCGGACUGAAAUGGAGAAAUAACAGUUGGGUGUGAUUUAUGCAGCUCUGUUACAGGGUCCUGUGUAACCGGGCCCUUUGAUUUACAGGGCAGUGAGAGACACGCCGACAUGUGUCGAAUAUGUAGCAAGGCUAUGACAGCGGUGGAGGUUAUUAGGCUGGGGCUUGCUCUCUGUGCAAGAUAAUAUCCACAUUGAACUCAUUGCGGGGGCAAUGUAGCGUGUAAUGUGCAGUAAGUAGGACUGGCAUGCACUGCUAGGCCCCGGCCACUUUGAGAGCCCCCCCACUUAAUUCUAACCCACAGAUAAGCAGCUGGGUUUCAAUUUGAAGCGUUAACCACUUGGCAACCAUCUCCUGCUCUCAGUGCUCUUUGCUUGAAGUCUCAAAUUUUCAUUUUGUGCAAACUUGAAACUGCUGCAAAUCCUGUUCAAACUCUUGGUUUGCAUUGAGUAUGCAAAGGAACAGUAUUAGUGCUUCAGAUUUCUAUUCUAACUGUAAGUCAUCCUUUUAGCUUCCAGCCGAACCGGGUAAUGACCUACAGAGAUCUGGACAACGAUCUGAAGAAUUAUUCAGCAUUCCAGACCUUAGUAAGUCAAGGACAUUUAUUUUUACAUUUCUUUUUUCCUCCUCUUUCAAUGUCAAGGUGGUCCAUUUAAUUUUGCAACCAACAUCACCUCUGUUUGUGCAAACUAAGUGAAUUUCCCUGCAAUCUUGCUUCAGGACGGAGAGAUUGACUUGAAGCUCCUCACCAAGGUUUUAGCACCGGAGCAGGAGGUGAAAGAGGUGAGUGAGUUUUGAGUAAAUAUAGCUUGUGAGCUCCCAGCAAAGACCAGUCCAGCUGUUUCUGGAGCACCAGGGGAGGUUGCCACUCUGUCUCCCAGGUAAUCAAGAUUUAUGAUGUGUACAUUAACACCCUCUGCUCUCCUUCCCCAUUCUGCUCUCUCUGCUCCCUCUGUUCCCUCUUUGCUCUCUUUCUUGGUUUGUCUCCUUCCACCUCUUUAAUUCUUCUUCUCUGCCCCUCUUCUUUGUCUCUUUUGCUCUGCAGGAUGAUGUGCGCUGGGACUGGGAUCAUCUGUUUACAGAGGUGUCCUCAGAGCUGCUGAUGGAAUGGGAUCAAGGAGAGAGUGAGGAGCAGGCGGGGUUGCCUGUAACAUGAGGAGGAGGUCUGAACUGGGACUUUCAGUGGCUUCAGUGGGAAUUGGGUGAAAGUCCAUUACACAAAAGGGACACUGACUUUGGCUAUAGUGUCUUUAAUUACUGUGUGUUAUAAAGGAAUUAUAUUUUGUAGAGUUUGUUUUGUUUUUGUAAAUAAAGUUCACUGUGGGGUAAACAGUGCAGUGUUGCUUCCAUC